AAAUGUCAAAUAUUGGAAUAUAAACAUGUCAAUGUCAACAAAAGCCACGAAAAUGAAAUCUGAAAACUCCAUGAAGAAAAAAACAGAUUCAUCUUGCUAUGAAAUUACACACUUCAUUUAUAUCAUAUUCUAAACAUACUAUUACUGUGAUAUAUCGUUUUUACCCGAUAAUUUAAAGAUGAGAUUAAACAUUAAUACUAGGCUUGUGGGUAAAAAUACUAUUCUGGUGCCUUACAGAGAGCAUCACGUUCCUAAAUAUCACACAUGGAUGCGAUCAGAAGAGCUGCAAAAACUUACCGCAUCUGAACCUUUAACUCUAGAAGAGGAGUAUCGAAUGCAAAAAAGUUGGCAAGAAGACGAUGACAAAUGCACAUUUAUAAUUUUGGAUAAACACAAAUAUGAUCAAAACCAAGAUGAAAAUAAUUCCAUGAUUGGUGACACUAAUAUUUUUAUAACUGACAAAAACAAUAUGGUUGGAGAAAUUGAAAUAAUGAUAGCAGAAGAAACUGCUAGAGGAAGCAAAAGAGGCUGGGAGGCAGUCAUCCUAAUGCUCCUCUAUGGAAUAAUAUGUAUUAAAAUAAAAACAUUUGAAGCAAAGAUUAAUAUAGAAAACAAUAUAAGUAUAAAUAUGUUUAAAAAGUUACAUUUUGAAGAAAAAUCAAGAAGUGAAAUUUUUCAAGAAGUAACAUUGGAAAAAGUUGUUGAUAAUGACUGGAUGAAAACCCUUGAAGGAUAUUUUAUGUUUCAAUUACAAACUUAUGAAUAAUUGAUCUAUUUAUGAAUACCUCUUCGAGUUAGUUUUGGUAAAGUCUUGCCACAAAUCACCCUUUGCUUUUAAAUCUCAACCCCAUAUCAAAAUAAUUUAUCUUUGGGAAAAUGAUGAAAGGGAUAUUAAAGUGGUACCUAUCAUAAUAUUCCUCGUUAACAUAUUAUAAAUAGAACUGGAUCCAAUGUGAAAGAACACUAAAAACUUUUGUUUUGUAAAUGUCUGCAGGUUUAGGAAGGAGAUGGGCCAGAUUUAAAAACAAAGAGCCAGAUCUAAAGCAAAACUUUUCGUUACGGUAAAAUAGAUUUUUUUAUCGUCUCUCGCCGUCUCCCACGUUAUAAACAAUAAACAUUCGAGUCAUUA